ACCAACUUUCGCGCAUCGCCACCAUGCGGCAAUGUUUGCAAACACAGAAAUGGGUCAAUGCGGGGUUCUGUUCUUGUUGACAUUGGUCUCGUUCAAAUUCAUUCAAGACAUGCCUUUUCGUUCUUCUGAUGUGCCAACUGCAGGGAAGUAGGAUUAACUUUCAUUGGUCUCGUUCAAAUUCUUUCAAGACAUGCCUUUUCAUUCUUCUGAUGUGCUAACUGCAGGGAAGUAGGAUUAACUUUCAUGUAUGCCAAGCAGCGGUAGCAGUAAAAUACUCUUUAAAGGAAAGGAAUGUAUUUUCAAGUUCUGGUAUUUUCGAGCUUCCGUAUGUGCAACCGCAAUAAUAUUCCCCGAGCCCCGGAUACUUCUGAAAGCGUCCAUGUUAUAUGUAACUAGCUACAGGUCACGAGUUAUCUGUUCAUCAUCUGCUGAAGAUGGAUCAAUAUGGGAGAUAUGAAAGCAGUGGUCAGCCAGAAGAGCUUUUUGAUCACUCAUUACAUUGGAGCAAGGUUAAAGAGGAGGCUGAAGAAUGUCCGAUAUCAGCUGUCUCUUUAGGAGUUGAAACAUCCCAGGUUUGUCCAAAGGAGGACCCCGAUGAACAAGAUCCUUCCUUUGACCCAGUUUCAGACAUCCAUGGAGUCACAGAGCAAGAGUGUGGACAUAAAGGCAUGACACAUCUAAAGGUGCUGCCUUCUCCAGUCCCAGUCAAAGAGGAGUCUGAAGAAUGCUCCCUUCUGCCAGUAGAUGAAGAGGAAGUUGCCUUAAUUACAGUGAAGAAGGAAGAGCAUGAAGACUGGUUGAAGUCAGAAGAUGAGGAUGUUGUGAAGGUGUCAAUGCCUUGGGAGCCGUUGGAAACACCAUCAUCAUCAUGCUCAGAUACAGAGGAUACAGAGGACAGUGAGAUGGAAAGUGAUAAUGUGCGGGACUGUGAAAACCAUGAGCGUGAUGUUUCAAGAGGAGUGAAGAUUAAAGAUUGUAGCAGGACAUCAUUGGAUCCAGGGACGGCACCAGAUACAGAUGAGAAAGCUAAUGCUGUUGAUUUCAGUGGCUUUGAAGGGGGGUCCUCCUUCUACCCCUGCCCCCAUUGUGCAAUCGGCUUCACCAUAGAACGCUUUUUCCUUGGGCACCUCAAGAGGGACCACCCUAAAGAUUACAUCGCAAUGCUGAAGACUGGGAAAAUCAAAGCCUAUAAAAGAGGGAGUUUACGGGUGACCCCAGCCACAUGCCCGCAAUGUGGCAAGAGCUUCACCAAUAAAUAUGUUAUGCAAACGCAUCAGAGGACUCAUGCAGGGAAGAAAUCCCAUCACUGUGCAGACUGUGGGAAGAGCUUUGUCUACGCUGAUGCACUUAAAAGACACAGAUGGACUCACACUGGGGAGACCAUAUAAAUGCUCUUGAGUGUGGGAAAGGAUUCAGCGGACAAACCGAUCUGACCAGCCAUGAAAUUAUCCAUACAGGAGAGGGACGAUAUAAAUGCUCUGUGUGGGAAAGGAUUCAAUCAGGACGUAACAUAAAACGUCAGCAACGAUUCUGUGUAAAGACCGAGCAAAGUUGUAAUGCAAGAAGUACAUAUAUGAUCUUUAGUGAGUAGGUUUCAGAGGAUGGCAAUAAAGAACAUAUUUUGAAUAUAUAAUAAUGUAAUACACUGUCACCUAAUUCAAAGUCUGUUCUUGGUACAUUGGUCUAGUUGAAAAUGUAAAUCAUUCAAGACAGGCCUUUUCCUUAUCUGAUGUAACUGUACGGCAGUAGGAUUAAUGUUCAUAUAUGCCCAGCAGAUGGCAGUAAAAUACAUCUUUAAAGGCAAAUAAAAGAUUUUCAAAUUGG